AUGGACGACCAGGAGCCAGAGAUCGAGCAGGACGAGGAGCUCCAGAAGUUCUUGGGCACUGCAACGUUUGGCAAGCAGUCGCGGGAAGCAAAUGUCCAGAAGCAGAUUGAUCUGAGCAAGCGCCCUGCUCAACCAGCGACAAGGCAAGGCGAGGAUGGAUCACAAAAGGAGGAAGACUCGGACGACGACGACGACGAUGACGACGAUGAUGAGUACCCAGUAUCACACGAGAUGGUCAUCAAGACACAUGAAAGAGCCGUAACAGCUGCAACGCUUGAUCCAUCGGGUGGUCGACUGAUAACAGGUUCCAUGGACUGCACUCUCAAAUUCCACGAUUUCGCAUCCAUGACUCCGACUACGAUUCGCGCUUUCAAAUCCGUUGAUCCCAAUGCAACGAAGAGUUCUGCUACGGUGGAGACACAUCCCGUGAAUCAGGUAGUCUUCAAUCCGCUUUCAGCUGGGCAUGUGCUGGUAGCAACAGCAUUACCGCAAGCAAAAGUGCUGGGCAGAGAUGGCGAGACGAUAUGCGAGUUCGUGAAAGGCGAUAUGUAUCUGCGAGAUAUGCACAAUACCAAAGGACAUAUUAGUGAAGUCACGACAGGAUGCUGGCAUCCGACCGAUCGAAAUCUAUGUGUAACAGCAGGCACAGACAGCACAUUGCGAAUAUGGGACAUCAACAACCCGAGACAGCAGAAAGAAGUGAUUAUGCACAAAUCAAGAGCAGCAGGUUCUGCGGGGCGGACACGAAUGACAAGCGUAGUUUGGGGCUCGCCAGUACAAGGCGGCAACAAUGUGUUGGUGUCUGCCGCGCUGGACGGCAGUCUUGUAAUGUGGAGCGGCGAAGGACCGUUCGCACGGCCGGCAGCAGAAGUGAGAGAUGCUCAUACACCGAACACCUGGACGAGCGGGCUGGAUAUCGACUCUGCCGGCCGUAUGGUCGUGACCCGCGGAGGAGACGAUACAAUCAAGCUUUGGGACACUCGCAAGUUCAAGACUCCAGUGACGAGCAUUACACACGCAUCUACAUCUUCUCAAUACCCAACAAGCAACAUCCGCUUCUCACCAACUUCGACCAGCAUCUUAACAGGCUCUGUCGAUGGCAAACUUCACAUUCUCAACCCAGGCACAUUGAAGCCCGAGCUCGUCACGCCAGUCACUCCCGGCAGCCCUCUGAUCACAGUCCUCUGGCAUGCAAAGCUCAAUCAAAUCAUCACCGGCUCAGCAAACUCAGAAACCCACAUCCUCUACAACCCCAACACAUCCUCCAACGGAGCCAAAACCGUCAUGUCCCGCGCUCCGAAACGCAGACACAUCGACGACGACCCAAACUUCACCACCGACCUCUCUCAAGGCAUAUCCGGCGACGCAAUCAUCACCCCCGGCGGCGCCCUCCCCAACACCGCCUCUUUCGCCUCUCGCCAUCCCACAGUCGGUCUCACCGCAUCCGGAAGAUCUCGAGAUCCUCGAAGACCCCAUCAACCCGCAACAACCCCCUUCGCAAAAAACAACCCCGAUGAAGAAUACGUGAAAUCACAAAUCCCACUUUCUAGCCUUCGAGAUGAAGACCCGAGAGAAGCUUUACUCAAAUAUGCUGAGAAAGCUGAGAAAGACCCGCUGUUUACGAAUGCUUGGAAAACGACGCAGCCGAAGACGAUUUAUGCUGAGGUUUCUGAUGAUGAGGAGGAUGCAGAACAAGGUCCUGCGAGCAAGAAACAGAAACAAUAG